AUGCGACACUUUGAUACUUGGGUCGUUCGAGACCCUUAUUCAAUCUGGCACUAUUAUCCAUCCGAUAAACGAUGCAUUUGGCAAGAAACUAUUCAAACCCUGAUCCAAGAACGAAAAAUCUGUUCUCCAAACCAAAAUACCUCCAACAUCAACAUCAACCGAAAACAACCGGUGAACCCCCAGUCAUUGAGUCCACUCAUUACAAACCUCCCUCCAGAGAUCCGUCAAAUGAUCUGGACCUACGUCUUCGGCUCCAACACAAUUCACCUCGUAACAAUCAAAAACAAAGUCCGCCAUGUCAUCUGCCCCCAAGACAAUCCAUUCUUAACCCAACACCGACACUGUUGCCCAUUAACCCCAGCACGAUGGCGAAUCUACGACGGCCGUAUCCCCGGUCACUCGGAUAGACUUUUAUAUCCACAUACACAUGAUCUCCUCCCUCAAAAUCUAAGUACCAGCCAUCCCGAACUGCUACGUAGCUGUCAAGCUAUCUACGCCGAGUCUGCAGAGCUACUCUACCGCAAUGCGACAUUCGAUGUAGAUGAUCUUCAUACAUUCAUUGCAUUUGCGCAAGGGAUCGGAAAAAGACAUCUCGCUUCCAUUAGACGACUUACUGUUCAGUGGAUGCCGGUUUGGCAACCUCUUUCCGGGAGGGAUCACAAGGGUUCACUUUAUGCUUAUACACAUAGUGAUGCUCUUUGGAUCCAGUUCUGGGGUAUAGUAGCUACCCAACUUCCAUACCUGGCAGAACUCAAGUUGAGUCUUGAUCUGGGUCGUUUUGUUUCUGGGGGCGGAGUUGUGGUGGCUGCUGGGGGACAGGAGGGGAUUCCAUUGGGAAUUACUGCGUCGUGGUUGUCGCCAUUGUGGAAGAUUCGGGGGUUGAAGGACUUUGAAUUGGCGGUUACGGCUCGGUGUGAUAUUGCGGCGAAGGGGGCGAUUGAAGAGGAUUUGGUAAAGGAGGCCGGAAUGUUAAGGGAUCACUUGAGGUUGAUCAUGUGUUCGCCGGUCGGUGUGUCAUUGGAGGAGAUUGGAUUAGGGUUGAAGGACCUUGAGAUUUUGGAGAUGAAGCCAACUAGAAGGCAGUUGGCUAUUACUGCUUGA